AUAUGAGCCCUCGCCGACGUCGCUGGCAUCGAAUUUGCGCGUACCCGAACUGCGGUCUCUCUGUGGGCUAAUGGCAAGCAUUGUUGCCGUCUGUCUAGCAUUAUAGAGAUGGUUGUUGCGUUGUGAAUGCUCGUCGUCGGGCUUUCAUGAGAAAAUGUCCAGCAAGAAGGACUAUGAGAAGGAACAGGGGGCAAAUGUGAGGAGCAAAUGUGAGGAAAGGCGAUGCCCUCGGAGUGCGUUUUGCUUCUUUGGAGGGAGGGUAAAAAUGCUGGUUUCGGGAAGCGUUAUGAUUGCGUUAUACCCUCUUUGCGUCUUGGUUUUUUUUUCCAGCGAAGCAUAUCACGGAGUUGCACACUUUCAGUUUAAAAGCGCGGAGUUUGGAGGCCAUAUAAUAUAAAUCUGUUUUACUGGGGGCCAUAUACAGAGCAAGAUAGCUCAUGGAUUAAGCAUCAAUAAACGGGCGAUGGAUCUAAUUUAUC